AUGGCGGACGACGGCCGGAAGUACAUCACAUCCGAAGAGCUCAGGCGGCACAAUGUCCCCGGAGAUCUCUGGAUCUCGAUCCAGGGCAAAAUCUACGACGUCACCGACUGGUCCGCCGUGCACCCCGGCGGCGACGCCCCACUCCUCAACCUCGCUGGACAGGACGUCACCGACGCGUUCGUCGCCUUCCACCCGGGCGACGCCUGGAAGCACCUCGACCCUCUCUUCACUGGCUACCGCCUCCGCGACUUCGCCGUCUCAGAGGUCUCCCGUGACUACCGGAGCCUCGCCAGCCACCUUGCGAAAUCAGGUAUGUUCGAAAAGAAGGGCCACGGCGUGAUCUACUCCCUCUGCUCUGUUUUCCUGAUGCUCGCCGCCUGCUUCUACGGCGUCAUCUUCACCGGAAGUUUCGCCGUCCAUUCCCUCUCCGGCUGCCUGCUCGGCCUCGCCUGGAUGCAGGUCGCCUACUUGGGUCACGACUCGGGUCACUACCAGAUAAUGACGACCCGUGGGUUCAACCGGUUCGUCCAGAUCCUCGCCGGAAACUGCCUGACCGGGAUCAGCAUCGCCUGGUGGAAAUGGACACACAACGCACACCACAUUGCGUGCAACAGCCUCGAUUACGACCCGGACCUUCAACACUUGCCCAUGUUAGCCGUAUCUUCUAAGCUCUUCAACUCGCUCACCUCACGUUUUUACGGCCGCCAAUUAACCUUCGAUUCCCUAUCUCGAUUCUUCGUGAGCUACCAACACCUCACGUUUUAUCCCGUGAUGUGUGUGGCUCGGGUAAACCUCUAUCUCCAGACUUUUCUUCUGCUCUUCUCGAAGAAGAGGAAAGUGCCCGAUCGGGCGGUUAACCUUCUAGGAAUUCUCGUUUUCUGGACUUGGUUCCCGAUUUUGGUCUCGUUUUUGCCCGAUUGGACCGAAAGGUUCAUUUUCGUGAUGGCGAGUUUCUGCGUGACCUCGAUCCAGCACGUGCAGUUUUGUCUGAACCAUUUCGCGGCGAAUGUGUACGUGGGCCCGCCGAGAGGGAACGACUGGUUCGAGAAGCAGACGGGCGGGACGAUUGACAUAUCCUGCUCGUCUUACAUGGACUGGUUUUUUGGGGGUUUGCAGUUUCAGCUCGAGCAUCAUUUGUUUCCGAGAUUGCCCAGGUGCCAGUUGAGGAGGGUUUCGCCUUUAGUGCAGGAGUUGUGUAAGAAGCAUGGUUUGCCUUAUAGGAGCUUGUCAUUCUUUGAGGCCAAUGUGUGGACAUUGAGGACGUUGAGGAAUGCGGCUCGGGAGGCUCGGGAUAUGGCUUCGCCGGUGCCGAAGAAUUUGUUGUGGGAAGCUAUCAACACUCACGGGUGA